AUGAUCCGUCUACGAACCCCUUCAUUCCCCCUCUUACUCCUCGCUCUCCUUUUAUUUUUUCUACUGGUGACAGCGCGUCGAGAGGAUGAAGAGAGUAAAUAUCAGAAAAGGGAUUUUCAUACAUUAUCAAACGAGGAUAUACGGACGUUGGUAGAGUCAGAUCCACCUCAGUGGAACAGCGUGGAUGAGGGUCAUCUAGGAAAAUUGUUAAUACCCAGAGCGUCUGGAUCACAGAAUAAUACGCUGGUUCAGAAUUACAUCUCAUCGGUGUUCACAAAAUUAGGAUGGCAUGAAGAGAAGACUCCUUUUCGCGGCACGACUCCAAUAGGUGAUAUAGAUUUCACCAAUCUGAUAUACACCUUCGAUCCUUCGGCACCAAGGAAGAUCAUCCUAGCUGCUCAUUUCGAUUCUAAAUGGUUUCCGGAUUUCCCAGCUAAUCAGUUCAUAGGAGCUACCGACUCGGCCGCUCCGGUAGCUAUGAUACUUGACCUCGCGGAGUUCCUCACCCCCUUAUUGGAAAAGCGAAAAGAAAGGAUACGGUCUGGUCAGGGAAUCCUGAAGAAGGAUUUCGACGAGGAAGAAGUAGCAGAGACGACUAUACAAAUUGUGUUGUUCGAUGGGGAAGAGGCAUUUAAGGAUUGGACAUCGACAGAUAGUAUCUAUGGUGCUAGACAUUUAGCAGAACUUUGGCAAUCCACUUAUCUUCCUUCCUCUCAUCCCUUGAAUAAACGUAGAUUAUCUCCACCACCCUCGGUUCUGAAUACAAUCGAUCAUCUGGUAUUACUAGAUUUAUUAGGAAACAAACAUUCGAUGAUAUAUAGUUAUUUCAGAGAAACCGAUUGGUUACAUUCGAAAAUGAAAUUCGCAGAUGAAAGAUUACAGCAUGAGGGUCUGGUAGAAGUGGAAAAGAAUGAAAAGGAAUGGUUUGGAGAUAUGAGGAUGAGAGGUGGGAUAGGAGAUGAUCAUUUACCUUUCUUACAUCGAGGAGUCAGCAUAUUCCAUGUGAUCUCAAAUCCGUUCCCCAAAGUAUGGCAUACGUUAGCGGACGACGCAUCAGCAUUAUCGUUGCCAGCCUUGAGGCGGUGGAACAGGAUAUUACGUGUGUUUUCAUGUGAAUAUCUAGGAUUGGAGCCUUCUACCACCAAUGUGAAGAGAAAGUAUGAUGAAUUAGUGCGUAUAUACCUGUCUGCCUAG